GUGGCUGGAAAUUAGUUGCAACGCGGCCUUUAAGGGAUUACCUCUGUGCUGAGCCUCCACAUUCGCUAAUAAAUACAAAACACUAACCCCAGAUCGUCAUUAUCGCCGUUGUUUAUGUGCAAAGUGUCGCGUAGCGUCGUUGAAAAUUCUCACAACAAAUAAAGUUUGCUGGAAAGCCUGGAACCGAUUUGCAUUCACAACAAUGUUCAAGAAAUCGAAAGCGACUUCAACGCAUUACAAUCGCUGAUCGCUGGUGGGAAGCUAAUUUUCGCAUUGUGUUUUCGGUUGACAAUCGAAAUCUAUUUACAAUCGUACGGCAAUUCUUUACAAAUACAACAAGUGUAUGGAAAAUAGUUCCGGUGUGGUGACAAACGCUUAAUUUCCAAUGGAUAAAUCGAAUUUCCGGCUCUUAGCCGGCUUAGUAUUAUCGCUUAGCUUGUCACAGCACACUUGUCGCUGUCAGCAGAACACACUGUUCAAUCAAUCACCGUUUCAACGACAAACACAGGCGCAAUUACGCCAGCAAUUACAGCAGCAACAACAACAACAACGCCAGCAGCAACAAGGCUUUCCAAACGCAUUAAAUACGAUACAACCGCUUGGCACAGGUUUGGGGUCAAUUGCGCCAAUCUCACCCCUCACGAGUUUAGUGCCGCAGAAUCCCUUUCGCAUUUACAAUCGUCUGGAUCAACCGAACUAUGUACCGAUCACCGCCUAUCAGAACGAACUGAACUAUGACGGCAGCUUCUCGUAUGGCUACGCCUCGGCCGAUGGCACGACCGCGCAAGCGCAGGGGUAUGUGAAGAAUCUGGGUCUGGGUGAAGAUGUCGAAGCGCAGGUGGUGCAGGGUUCAUACUCAUACACCUCACCGGAGGGCACACCCAUCACCGUACGUUACAUCGCCGACGAGAAUGGUUUUCGAGCUGAAGGCGCACACAUACCAACGCCUCCUCCGAUUCCCGAUGCUAUAGCCAAAUCACUACAAUAUAUAGCGAGCGUGCAACCAUAUCAACAGCAAGGGGUAAACCCCAAUUUGAAUCCCUAUCAGACACCCUUUCGUCAGUUUGCCGGCGGUCAACAGUUAAGGCCCGGUCAACAACAACAACUAACACCAUUUCAACUACAACAACAGCGUACAUACCAACAACAACUGGCUGGUCAAUUGCAACCGCCAUUCGCGCAGUUCUCUGGCGCUCAGCAGCAGCCACAAGCGAAUGCAUUCUUCGGCGGCGGCGGCGGCAUCGGCGCUGGUUUGGGUAGUUCUGGACAGUUCCCGGGUCAGUUGGGCGACUUAAGUGGUCAGAACUUCACGCAGCAGCCACAGAACUUACAACACGAACAGCAACAACAAGCAUUGCAACAACAGCAGCAGCAGAAGCAUCAACAACAACAACAGCAGCAGCAGCAACAACAACAACAGCAAUUAGCGACACAAGAGUUGCGCUCGCGACCCAAUCAGUUGGUGAACCCUUUCGGUUACAAUCAAUAUCGCCGCUACAAGAAGGCGGCUCAGGCGAAAAACUGAAGAAUUCUACUUAAAAAACAC